GUCCGGCAAGAUGGAAGAUUGGUUGGGCUAGGCUAAGGAAAUGCUCAUUGAUAAUGGUUUUGUGGAGAUAUUGUGCACCGCCGAGGUCCUUAAGUCAGUUGCUCUGAGUCAGACCUUACAAAUCAACGGCAAUGUGGAAUGCCUCUGUCACUUGGUUCAGAGAUGGUGCACGAGCACUCAUACCUUCAUCCUUGCUUUUGGAGAAGUCACUGUGACUUUAGAGGACAUGGCAAACCUAAUGUCAUUACCUAUUGUUGGGGAGGAGGAUCCAUGGCAUAUAGCAUUGACGCUAGAAGAGUGUGUUAUGCUAAUAGCUUUGAAGAAGAUGAUGAGGACGACCACCAGUGCUUCUUCUUGUUCAUGGAAAGGGGAGUACAACAUUGAUUUUCAAACUUAGAUGCGGUAUUUUCAGACUAGCGAAGGCAAGGAUACUCCAUACGUAUGCAUGGCUUUCCUUAUAGCUUGGUUAAGCAAGUUUGUUUUUGGGGGUUUCUCGAAUUGUGAGAUUAUGGAUGAAUGUAUUCCUCUGGCAAUGCGGUUGGCUGAAGGCGUGAGGAUUCCUUUGGCUCCACUAAUGUUAGGUACACUCUAUCACAUACUUGAUUUGCUGCAUUUUGAUGAGAUUCUUGGCGCUGGCUACUACAUCAUUGAAUCACAUGUAUGUCUGUCUUUGUUGUAAAUGUUUGCAUAGGAGAGAUUUUGGCCGUAUCACCCUAGUCGUGUCACCAGGAGGAAAGCAUUGAAAGAAUAUCCCAUGGUAAAGUGGUGGUUACACCAGUGGUGGUUACACCAGUGGAACAGCUUCGCUAGCUUGUUCUUGGAUGGGAAAGAGAAAUAAAAGAGCAGAUUACUC